GUAGUUAUCCGUCAGUAACACUUGGGCCUGUUAGUCAAGAAACGGCCAUAACAACAACUACAUCAACAACAUCUGGAAAUGAUACAAGUACUGGUGCUGUUUUAGUUGAUUAUAUUCCUCGUAUGUCACCAACAUUACAUAAACAACAAGUACCAAUUGUUUCAACAACUUCUCGUAUACUUUCGGCUACAAUGAAUAAACGUUCUAAUAUAGUUGAAGAAUUACCGAUAACAACGAAUAUUGACUGUACAUUAGAUAAUCAUAAUGAAAAAAUAACUUCAAAUAGUGAAUUAAUUUAUCAACGUUCACAUACAUCACCAAUGCUUGAAUUAAUCGAUGAUGGAAUUAUUUCACCAACAAAUGGUUUAAUAAGUGCAGCAUCAAUACAUGAUGAUAAAACAGAAACAUAUCGAAAACAAACAGCAGAUAUACAAAGUCGUAAUGAUACAUCAUUAAGUAAACCUAUGUGGACAGAUGAUGAUGAUCAAUUACUUAUUGGAGAUGAAUUUACAGGUGGAGAACGUGCAUCAACAAGUCAAUCAAUGUUAUCUCAACAUCGAAAUAGUUCAACAAGUACAACUAUGGUUACGCCAAUACCAACAUUUCCUAGUGUUAUGAAAAAAUCAACAUUACCAUCUACAAAACAACAAUUUUAUCAUCAUCAUAAACCAUUAAAUAAUGAUCAACCACAAUCGAAAGUAUCACCAAGAACACUUAUUCCAUUUUCUCUAUCGAAAUAUAGACGUAUUCCAGCUAAUGUAUAUUCAACAGCAUCAACGUCAUCGUCGUCGUCACAACAACAAGCAUAUACAAAUAGUUCGAAUAAUUCAUCUAAUGAUUUAAUAAAUAAUGGAAAUGGAAAUAUGAGUAACAGUACAGAAUCAUUCAAUGAACGUUUAAUAUUAAAUAAACGUAUUGAAAUGUUUAAAACACCAGGUAAACAAUUAUCAUCACAAUCAACUGCUCCAUCUCCUACUUCAUCAUCGACUACGAUGUUUUCUCCUGUACCUUCUCAAUCAAAAAGACAUUUUCAACAGCAAGAUACCAAAUCUGUAGGUACAACAACAACAUCUGUACCACCAUCUUCAUCAUCUCUUAUACCAUUAGAUAAUACAAAAGUAACUAUUGAAACAAUUGGCCCUAAAACAGUAACUGCUCUCUUACGACAAAAUGCAACAAUCGAACCAGUAGAUACAUCUCGAGGUGUUGGCAAACAUCUCGUUUCAUUAUUAACAACAGCGUCAAAAGAGACAGCAUCUAUAAAACCUAAUUAUAAACAAUCUUCUCGUGAUGUAGUGAUUGAAGAACGUUAUAAAUUGGAUUCAAAAAUGAAUAGUCCAUGGUCAAAUACAACAAGUAAUACUAAUAUUUCAACAGUGAGCAGUAGUCUUCAAUCAAAUGCAGCUACUAUCUAUAAUGCAAAUAAAUUACCAUCAGUUAUUGUUAAUCGUAAAUCAACAUCGAAAUGUUUCUUAUGUAAAAAGAAAACUGGACUAGCUACAACAUAUCAAUGCAGAUGUGGAAGUUCAUUUUGUAGUGAACAUCGAUAUCCUGAGGCACAUGCAUGUGCAUUCGAUUAUAAAGCUGAAGGAAAACGUUUAAUUGAACGAAAUAAUCCAUUGGUAACCGCACCAAAAUUACCGAAGAUCUGA